CCAGUAGCGCUAGCACAAACAAGUGUGAGCCACUAGCCCCACUACUACCCCCAAUCGCCGUCGUCCCGCUCUCUCCGAUCCUCCGCCGCCCGGCCGUAGUCUUCGUCCGGCCACAUGUGGGAGCGCGGCAGGCCGCCCCGUAAGCAGCGACCGGCGCCUCUGAUCUUGCCGGCGUCGGCGCUGGUGUCGCCCCCGCCCCCUCGAUUCGUCUUCCCCAGAUCCCUCUUCGCACUCGCCGCCCGCGCCAUGCCGUCGCGCCGCCCCUCCCCUGUCAUCCUCCUCCUCCUCGCGCUCGCGCUCGCGCUACUCUUCCUUCUCCUGUCCCCCUCUGGCCCCUCCGCCUCCCGCCUUUCCCACCCCUUCGUCUCCACCUCUCCUUCCUCUUCCGCCUCCUCCCCUCCCUCCCCCGUCAAGAUCUACAUGUACGACCUGCCGUCCAAGUUCACCUACGGCGUCGUCCGCAGCUACAUGUCCGCGAGGGGCCCCUCGGGUUCGUCGGAUGCGGCCGCGGUGCUGGCAGACGAGGAGCUGCGGUAUCCGGGGCACCAGCACUCGGCGGAGUGGUGGCUCUUCAAGGACCUCCGUCAACGGGGACCACGUGAUCGCCCCGUGGCCCGCGUGGAUGACCCGGUCGAGGCCGACCUCUUCUACGUGCCCUUCUUCUCGUCCCUCAGCCUCGUCGUCAACCCCAUCCGCCCCCCGGCGGCCGCCAAUGCCUCCGAGGCGGCGGCCACGGUGGGGCCUUCGUAUAGCGACGAGGCCAUGCAGGACGAGCUGGUGGAGUGGCUGGAGCGGCAGUCGUACUGGCGGCGGUACCGGGGAAGGGACCACGUGUUCAUCUGCCAGGAUCCCAACGCGCUCUACCGGGUGGUGGACCGGAUCAGCAAUGCCGUACUCCUCGUCUCUGACUUCGGCCGCUUGCGUGGUGAUCAGGCCUCUCUCGUCAAGGAUGUCAUCCUGCCUUACUCCCACCGCAUCAACCCCUUCAAGGGCGAUGUCAAUGUUGACAGCAGGCCUGCAUUGCUGUUUUUCAUGGGCAACCGGUACCGAAAGGAGGGCGGGAAGAUCCGUGAUACACUUUUUCAAGUUCUUGAAAAUGAGGGAGAUGUAAUCAUAAAACAUGGAGCCCAAUCAAGGGUGAGUCGGCGUAUGGCUACGCAAGGAAUGCACUCAUCUAAGUUCUGCCUGCAUCCUGCUGGAGAUACUCCCUCGGCGUGCAGAUUGUUUGAUGCACUUGUCAGUUUAUGCGUUCCUGUUAUAGUUAGCGAUCACAUUGAGUUACCAUUCGAAGAUGUUAUAGACUACAGUAAUAUAUCAAUUUUUGUUGACACAAGCAAGGCCAUACAGCCUGGAUUCUUAACUUCAAUGCUUCGGAAAGUCAGUUCAGAGCGGAUUCUGGAGUAUCAAAGAGAAAUACAAAGGGUAAAACAUUACUUUGAGUAUGAAGAUCCGAAUGGGCCAGUGAAUCAAAUAUGGCGCCAAGUUUCCAUGAAAGCACCACUGAUCAAGCUGUUGAUUAACCGGAACAAACGCCUAGUUGAAAGAGGCACUAAUGAAACUGAUUGCUCGUGCAUCUGUUCAACACCGAGCGAGAUAUCUACUGCCAGCUAAGAUGGUUUUUGCGGCCUCAAGGAAACUUUUGUGCCUACAUUGCCUGAAUUUUGGAUGUUGCAGCGCUAUAUACAUAUAUAUGGACAGCAAGGCUUCCUUUUCAGUUCCUGAUUGUACAUAUCCUGCUAACGCCCUUCAGUUCUUCAGUAGAUAUUACAGUUGAGUCAGCAUUGAAGAACGCCGUUUUGAUUGGUGUUUUAUAUUUGUUUGUUUUGUGCGGUUAGCUUGUCAGGAUGUCAUGUUGAAUCAGACUGUCUUAUUCACAACAUUGAUUACAGCGUUACUUACGGAGACAUCCAAGUUGGAAUAGGAAUGAUCUAACUCUAGGGAAGCAAUCUCGAGAUAUUGAUUAUCGUA